CUCCAGAGACCUCAGCCAUGGGUGAGCGCAAGGGCACCAACAAAUACUACCCACCCGACUUCGACCCUGCCAAGCACGGCUCCCUGAACCGGUACCACCACAGCCACCCCCUGCGAGAGCGCGCCCGCAAACUCUCCCAGGGCAUCCUCGUCAUCAGGUUCGAGAUGCCCUUCAACAUCUGGUGCGACGGCUGCCAGAACCACAUUGGCAUGGGUGUCAGGUACAACGCUGAGAAGAAGAAGGUGGGGAAUUAUUACACCACGCCCGUGUACAGGUUCAGGAUGAAGUGCCACCUGUGCGUGAAUUACAUCGAGCUGCAGACGGACCCCGGGAACUGCGACUACGUCAUCGUCAGCGGGGCCCGGCGCAAGGAGGAGCGCUGGGAGCCCGGGGACAGCGAGCAGGUGCUGCCCUCCUCCCCAGAGCAGCGGCAGCGCCUGGCCACGGACGCCAUGUUCCGCCUGGAGCACGGCGUGUCGGACCGGGGGGUCCUGGAGCGCGUCACGCCCACCCUGACGCGGCUGCAGGAGGCUCAGAGCGCCUGGAAGGACGACUUCGGCCUCAACAGCCGCCUCAGGAGAAGGUUCCGGGAGGAGAAGAAGACGCUGAGGGAGGAGGAGGAGGAGGCGGCGGCGCUGGCGAGGAAGGCCGGGCUCAGCAUCCCCCUGCUCCGGGAGGAAGAGGAGGAUCGGCGGCUGGCGGCGCUGCUCAGCCUGCGCGCCCCCGACUCCUACGAGCAGCGGCAGCGCCUGAAGCGCUCCGAGAUCUCCCAGCGCUCCUGGUUCGGACCCGGCACCUCCCGGACCCCUCCCCAAAAAUUGGGGCUGGGGGCGUCACGGACACCCCCGGGACCCCCCCCGACCCCCGCCGGGCUCGGCAUCGUCAGGAGGGGGGCGGGGACACCCCGGGACCCCCCCCAGGAUGGGGGAAACCCCCGGGACCCCCCCCAAACUGAGGGAGAUCCCCCCCAAACUGCGGGACCCCCCCGGGACGCCCCCGCCCCAUCUUUGGUCGCCGAUUAUUCCGACUCCGGUUCCGAGAGCCCCUGA